AUGGGAGUCAGUGAACGCAGAUUCUGGCAAUGGAUCCCCGACCUGAUCUUCGUCACGGCGGCGCCGAUCCUCGCCUACUACCUCACCCGUCAAGUCAUGUCCCGUCUCGACCCCGAGGUCGGCGCAAAGGCUGAAGCGCAACAAAAAGCCCUCGCAGCAAGCAGCAGGCUGCAAUCCAUCUUCUCCAACCACGACAGAUCCACCGAUGCCGAGGAACACGAUCACUCCGAUUCCGAGGACUCCGAGGAUGAAGAGAGAGGGUCUGGGCGGAGAAGACGAAAUGAAGAGCGGGAUCGACGGAAGAACAUCACCCUGAACACCUACGAACAAGCCAUCGCAAUGGAGGUCGUCUCGCCCACCGAAAUUCCCGUUACCUUUGCCGACAUUGGCGGUCUGGACUCGAUCAUCGAGGAACUCCGAGAGGCCGUCAUAUACCCCCUCACCAUGCCGCACCUCUACUCCAAUCACUCCAGCCUUCUGACCGCUCCUUCCGGUGUCCUCCUCUAUGGCCCUCCCGGAUGUGGAAAGACGAUGCUUGCCAAAGCUCUGGCUCGCGAAAGCGGCGCCUGCUUCAUCAAUCUGCACAUCUCUACUUUGACCGAGAAAUGGUACGGAGAUAGCAACAAGCUGGUUGCAGCCGUCUUUUCUCUGGCACGCAAACUCCAGCCGAGCAUCGUCUUUAUCGAUGAGAUUGAUGCCGUGCUCGGCACACGGAGGACCGGAGAGCACGAAGCGAGCGCCAUGGUGAAGGCCGAGUUCAUGACGCACUGGGAUGGUCUAACCUCCGCCACUGUACGGGAGGGAGGGCAGCGAAUCUGUAUCCUCGGUGCCACCAACAGGAUCCAGGACAUUGACGAGGCAAUCCUGCGAAGAAUGCCGAAGAAGUUCCCCGUCCCCCUUCCCACCGCUUCGCAACGAAGGCAAAUCUUUCAACUCACACUCCGCGAAACGAAGAUCGAUCGAAGUAAGAGCGAGGAUGGCAGUUCUGUCUUUGACUUGUCUACUCUCGUACGACUAAGCGCUGGCAUGUCCGGGUCUGACAUCAAAGAGGCAUGCAGAGACGCGGCGAUGGUGCCUGUGAGGGAGUACAUCCGCAUACAAAAGGAGCGAGGCGGCAGGAAUAUGCGCGGUAUUCGAGCCGAGGCUGUACGCGGCCUACAGACAGACGACUUCUUUGGACGGAGAAAGCAGAAUGCACGAAGUUUCAGGUCUCCAGAUGACGACGGUGUGGAUGAUGAAGUCAAGAGUCAAGGCAGUGGUAGCACGGAAGAGGUGGAUGAUUUUGUGGAUACGCCCAGCGAGCAGGUGGCAGUGAGGUGA